AUGGCCACCCAGUUCGCUUCCCGUCAGCCCGAGAUUGGCAUGGAGAAGGUCAUGCCUACCCGCCAGGACUCCGGAUACGCCUCUCCUUGCGAUUCCCCUCGUAUGACCGUUAGACUCAACGACGGCAACGAGAUUCCCCAGAUCGCCCUUGGCGUCUACAAGGCCCCCAAUGGUCAGGAAACUGAGGACGCCGUCAUUGCCGCUCUCGACGCCGGCUACCGACACAUCGAUUCUGCCGCCAGAUACGCCAACGAGGAGGCCUGUGGCCGCGCCCUGAAGAAGUGGUUCCAGAAGACUGGCACUCCCAGAUCCGAGGUUUUCGUCACUACCAAGCUUUGGGACGCCGACCACGGCUACGAGGCCACUUUCAAGGCCCUGUGCGACUCUCUGGAGAAGUUUGGUCUCGACUACUUCGACCUCUACCUGAUCCACUCCCCCUCCGACGACAAGGAGAAGCGCCUUGCCUCUUGGAGAGCCCUUGAGACUGCCCAGCGCUUGGGCAAGGUUCGCUCCAUCGGUGUCUCUAACUUCAGCUCCCAGCACAUUGAGGAGCUGAUGAAGGAGAAUUCUGUCGUCCCCGCAGUCAACCAGAUUGAGGUUCACCCCUUCUGCCAGCGCCAGGAGCUUGUCGAUACCUGCCGCAAGUACGGAAUUGCCAUCGAAGCUUACUCCCCUCUCGCUCGCGGCAACAAGCUUGAAGAUCCCACCGUCGGCAAGAUUGCUGAGAAGUACGGCAAGACCCCCGCCCAGGUCCUCCUUAACUGGAACGCCUCCCGCGGCAACAUCGUCCUUCCCAAGUCCCUCACCGCCCACCGCAUCAAGUCCAACUUUGAGUCUUUCGACUUCGAACUCUCCCAGGAGGACAUUGCUACCAUCGAUGCCCUCGAGGAGAACUACGUCACUGGCUCCCUCCACAAGGAGUAG